CUUUGUUGCAUAAAUGAUAAAUGGCCGACUCUUCCUCACUGGAGGGCAGCGUCUUCGAGAAGCUGCGGAAACCGAUCGAGCCAUCAAUCCUCGAAGAUCGCGAAAAGAACCUCAGCCAACGCAUCCAUGCCUUCAACCUCAAGGCCGAGCAGCGACAAAAUGAGCUCCUCUCAAUCAACUCCACCGCUCCCGUGACAAUCUCCUCCAUCCGCGUGCUGCACGCCACCCACACGCGGCACGGCUUCCUCGAACGAAUCUUCAACCCAGUCCUCUCGCACAAUCGCCAGAAUGCCGAGUACUACACCCUCCGCGAGGCGCUGAGCGAAAUCUCCGGCGCCGUCGACCGACUGAACCGGCUGGACAUCUUCCAGCAGCCCAUUUCCACCUACAUCGACCGCGCCGAACCGACCGAUCCCAGCACAUCACCCACCGACCACGCCGUGUACAUCACCGCCAAAGAACGAGGCCGAUAUACCAUCAAGACUGGCACCGAAGCCGGCAGCUCAGAAGGGAGUGCAUACCUGAAUGUCGUACUGCGGAAUUUAUUCGGAGGUGGAGAAAGGCUGAACGGAAAUGCCAGUCUGGGUACAAGAACACGGAAUGCAUACAGUGCGACGUUUGAUACUCCCAUACUAUCCAAUCCGGAUCUGAGACUGGAAAUCGGAGCGCUGAAGUCGAGCACCAUCAAGCCGUUCGCGUCGCAUGAGGAGGUGCUACGGGGAGGUCAGGGUCGAUUCUUAUGGCAGACUUCUCCUACCAGCCGGCACGACUUUGCGUACAGUGGAUUUUGGCGGCAGGUGACGGGUCUGGCGGAGACUGCUUCCCCGACUGUUCGUGCCGACGCGGGAGACAGCUUCAAGUCAAGUUUGUCUCAUACAUGGACACGGGACUCGAGAGAUGUUCCGAUGCUGCCUUCUAGGGGUUACCUGUUGAAGAGUGUUACCGAGGUCGCCGGGUUUGGGCCCCUCCAAGGAGAUGUCGCUUUCGCCAAGCUCGAGCUUGAGUCGCAAGCCGCUGUCCCAGUCCCAAUCCCCGGAGUAGAGGGCGACAGCGGCGUCUCGUUCACCGCUGGCCUUCGAGGUGGAAUCCUCUGCCCGCUGACCCUCCAAGGACAGGCCACACCCAAGCCCAGCCGUCUCAAUGAUCGCUUCCAACUAGGAGGACCAACCGACGUCCGUGGCUUUCGUCUGGCCGGACUGGGUCCACGAGAUGGUCAAGACGCGGUAGGCGGCGACGUCUACGCCGCAGGCGGUGCGUCAAUCCUAUUCCCGCUUCCACGGGUGGGCAGAGAAACACCCCUCCGAUUGCAGGCAUUCAUCAACGGUGGUCGUCUACUAGCGCUGCGAGAUGCGAGGCAAGGCGAUGGGAAGGGCGAUGUUGGCAGAAGCGUGUCACAAACUUUGAGUGACCUUACUGGCAGUCUUCCCAGUGCUGCGGCGGGUUUCGGGUUGGUGUAUGCGCAUCCGGCCGCGAGGGUGGAGGUUAAUUUCAGUUUGCCGCUGGUUAUACGGAAGGGAGAGGAGGGGAGGAAGGGGUUGAGUUUUGGGAUUGGGUUGAGCUUUCUCUGA